CAACUCGUUGUCUGGCGCUGCAAGCCAGUGCCGGAUCCAGUGCCCACACAACCUCCAAUAGCACCGAACCACCUUACUGGACCCAUACCUCAUUGGUUGGGCGAUGAUGCUGACGCCGUGCGUGCACUGACUUACGAUCCAACAGCAGAUGAGAUACCGAACUCGAACAUUAUACAUACACUGGGUCCUGCAAGAUCCUCCGAAAGACGCCGACGCUCUCGACGCAUGCCCCCAACACCAUCGUUGGAACCCUACUCAGUACCCUCACAUCCAAGUCAGACGCACCCUCCUACUCCUACGGCCACUGCUGGCCCGUCCAAUGCUGCAUCAUUGGCCGACGUUGUCGAGGUCACUACAGCAGCCCGUGAACAAGUCCAUAACCACUCGAGGGAAAUCAUCAAAGGCAUCGUUUUUUCCCCUGAUGCAAUUGCAUCAUCUUCUGCUGUUCAGAAGCGCCUCGUCAAGGAGGUUAUUAGUAAGGCCGUGCCAUCGGUUAUAAGCCUUCGUGGGCUGACUCGGCAGGCCAUACUGUAA